AUGAAUGUAAAAAUAGAGAAGAAUGCUAUAGGUGUUGGUGACAAAGUUAGAUUGCUAAAAACUAGGCAAGCAUUUCGUAAAGGAUAUGAGCCAAAGUAUAGUCACACUAUAUAUAAGGUCAUCAGUGGUAAUGGCUAUUCGUACUUUAUUGCAGAUGAUGAUGGCAAUAUUCUUCCAAAGGCAUACAAAUACUAUGAACUACAACGUAUUGAAUCUACCCAACGGUUUCAUACAGAAUCUAGACAGAGAGAACCACGAAUGACAAAUAAGGAGCGUCGAAAUAAAAGAGAAUUGGAAGAAUUGGUUUCAUUAAAACUCACCAAGCGUACAUUCACUGUAUUAAGAAUUGGGAUUCGUAUUCCGUUGACGAACAAGAACAACUAA